UAACACCCCCCCCCCCUCCAACUUUGUUGCAAGUUAAUGUUUGUUAUCCUUCUCCCCUUCAACAAAUCUUCAACGGUCUGGGGUUUUUGUUUUUGUCCUUCCUUCUUGUGCUCAGAUAGUUCUUUUUGUCAUCACUCUUUGUGUUCUUUUGCCUGUCGUCAUACUUACCGACCGUGCCGGCGCACCGAACCUCAAUUGUUGCAAAACCCCCCCCAGCCAUGAAGCUUAUGCGGAGACAGUGACAGCUAAGGCAUGGAGAGAACACGAGUUGCUAAGGUUGAAGAUGUGACCUUGGCGCGUCGCGGUGAACAGGUCGUCGGUACACUCCAUCUUACCUCUCACCAUAUAAUUUUCUCCUACAUCCCUCCCUCGACCGAUAAAACUCAAACCCCCAAUGCUGCUGGCCGGUCAAAGGAGCUCUGGAUCACAUAUCCAAUUAUCUCCUUCUGUACCUAUCGCCCCACCCCCGCCGCAGCCCGCCAGCCAUCUUCAAUCCGGUUACGAUGUCGAGAUUUCACCUUUGUUUGCUUCUAUUUCACAAGCGAGAGCAAGGCCCGAGAUGUAUACGAAACUAUAAAGUGCUGGACCUGCAAGGUUGGACGCAUCGAUAAGCUGUAUGCUUUUUCCUACCAGCCGCCUCCCCCGGAGCAGAAGUUCAAUGGUUGGGAAUUGUAUGACGCCCGUAAGGAGUGGGCUCGGCAAGGCGUGGACCAGAAUGGCUCGGGUUGGCGGGUAUCUCAGUUAAACGCUGAUUAUGGGUUCUCUGCGACCUACCCUGCUCUCAUACCUGUGCCGACUACCAUUUCGGACAUCACGCUCAACCAUGCUGGCAAAUAUCGAUCAAGAGCAAGAGUACCCGCUUUGACGUAUCUGCACCCUGUGAACAAUUGCUCCAUCACACGAAGCUCGCAGCCGCUGGUGGGUGUGCGCCAAAACCGAAGCAUUCAGGACGAGAAGUUGCUCGCCGCGAUCUUCUCGACUUCCCGCCCCGAACGACCGCUCGCAAACUUCACUCCGCCGAAUCUGGAGCCGGAAUCCUCCAGUUCGACAUCGAGUGAUCCGUCCACUAGUCAAAUGCUAGCUGACCUGACCAACGCCGAAGAACUGGAAGAUGAAAUGCUGGCAUCUUUUGCCGGCGACCCGGAGGAAAAGCCCCACAUAUACGGAGCCCAGCAGCGCAAUCUUAUUGUUGAUGCUCGUCCAACCGUCAAUGCUUUUGCAAUGCAGGCUGUAGGGCUUGGGUCGGAGAAUAUGGACAACUACAAGUUCGCUACCAAGGCGUACCUCGGAAUCGACAACAUCCACGUGAUGAGAGACUCCCUCAACAAAGUGAUCGAUGCUCUCAAGGACUCUGAUGUGACUCCCUUAGGGCCCAAUAAGGACCAACUUGCACGGAGCAAUUGGCUGAAACAUAUUUCGACGGUUCUAGAUGGCGCGGGUCUGAUUGCCCGGCAGGUUGGGCUCCAGCAUUCGCAUGUUUUGAUCCAUUGCUCAGACGGAUGGGAUCGAACGAGUCAGUUGAGCGCAUUGAGUCAACUUUGCCUCGACCCGUACUUCCGCACACUAGAGGGCUUUAUGGUGUUGGUAGAAAAGGACUGGCUAUCAUUCGGGCACAUGUUCCGGCACAGGGCCGGACAUCUCAACAGCGAAAAGUGGUUCCAGAUUGAGAACGAACGGAUUGGAGGCGAUUCGAAUCGAGCAUUUGGCGAGGCUGGUGGUGCCAGUAGAGCUAUCGAGAACGCUUUCCUUAGCGCCAAGGGAUUUUUCAACAGAGACAACAACAGUCGUGAUUCUCUUGGAGAGUCGGAUGGGGAGAUGCAAUCCUAUGACGGCGACAAUGCGAAGAAGCUUUCAGUGCCUAAAGCAACGCCCGUGGAAAAGGAGGUAACCAAGGUCAAGGAAACAAGCCCGGUCUUCCACCAGUUCCUGGAUGCAACCUAUCAGUUACUAUACCAGCACCCUACCCGGUUCGAGUUCAAUGAACGGUUCCUGCGACGACUAUUGUACCACUUGUACUCGUGUCAAUUCGGAACAUUCCUCUUCAACAGUGAGAAGGAGCGGGUAGAGUGGAACGCCAAAGGGCGUACUCGGAGCGUUUGGGAUUACUUCCUGGCACGGAGGGAACAAUUCCUCAACCCUGACUUUGACCCGCAGAUUGACGAUCACAAACGUGGAAAGGAACGUCUAGUCUUCCCACGCGUCAAUGAAGUGCGGUGGUGGAGCGAAGCAUUUGGUAGAACCGAUGCUGAAAUGAACGGUCCUCGGGCCCCUGGCUCGGGGUUAUCGGUUCCCCGUGAGACUCCGAGUGCUCAGCGGUCACCAGUAUUGACUGGGAUGGAGACCGCUAAUCAUUCUGUCGGCGCUGGCUCCGCUGGCAAAGAUGCUAACAACGCCCCACCGAGCGGCAUCGCAACUGUGACUGCGGGAAUCUCUAAUUUGGCCUUCCCCAAAAGCAAAGAGAACAACCAGGAUACGAAAAGCAUGAAUCGCAUGGAGCUUGAGAUGCAAUGAAGGAGUAGAGACACCAGUCGGCCUUCAAACUGAUGAAAUGACGCAUUGCGUCGCAGUCGGUCUAGGCAGGCAAAUCUAUAAAAGGCGGCGAGUCUUCUGUUUGUUAUCUAGCAAUUGUGUCCUUAGUCUUGCUUUUUUGACGCUGCAUAUUCUGUCUUGGUUUUGUCGGUAGAGAUACAGUUCUAAGGCCGGGAUGACCAGUGCAUAGUCUAGUCGAGGCCAAAAGAGAGGAAACAUGCCGAGUACCACCCAUGUGGGGGGUUGCACAACCCCGCUGGAUCUGUAAAGAAGUGUUUCUUGACAGAUUGAUGGUGACUGAGAAGAUGACCCACCCACUUCCUCAAAGCCUGAGAGAAAACCAAGGGGCAGUAAGUAUAAAGAGAGAAGAAGAGAGUAGAAAAG